AUGAGCCAGAGUUAUUCACCUAACGAGGAGCAGGACUACACCUACACUCCGAGUAGUCAAUAUGGGAUUUCCCAGCCAUCUCUGCAUUCAUACUCGACUCACCUGCUCUCUCCGUACAGCCAAACAUCGUCGGUUUCUUCCGAAGGCUCCCAUUUAGGUCCCCACUACGCUACAUCGCAUGCAGUGUAUUCUCAAACGCAACAGCAUUCUCAACUGACUCAUAGCUAUCCGUACCCCACUCAGUAUCUCGCCCAGUCAAGAUAUCCUACUUCUCAUAGGUAUCUUGCUUUUCCAGACCAGCUUCGGGAUGUUGAGAUUGAAAGGCAGGAGUCAUGUAAUGAGCUUUCGAUGGCCUCUGAACCAGUGCUGCCGCCCUUGGAAGGCUUCCCAGACGUUGUGGAAUUCGACCAACUAGUGGCCAGUUACGUCCAGGAUCUAUCGGUUAAAAAACAAGACAAAGCCUUGAUACAUUCAAGAAGGGCACGAAAUAUCAAAACAGUGCUCAUAGACCCUAAAAAUACCGCCGUUGAAUCUGCACAAUUUCGAUUUUGGGUCAAGAAGAUGUUUAAACUUGAACCCAACGAUGGCAGAACCCCUGAAUCGAAACGGUUGAUCUGCCAUGAAGGGAAGCCAGUUGCUAUUCGGGAGAAACUGUUCAAAAUUUUGACAAGAGCACACCAGCAAUGCCAACAUGGAGGCCGAGACAAAACCUCAGCUCAGGUUCGGAGGAUGUAUUCUUGGGUCCCGAAAGAGCUAAUCUCCCGCUUCGUUAAAAUCUGUCCAACCUGCCAGGUCCGCCGGGGUGGUUCACGUCUAACACCCCCGAACUCCCGCAGAUGCUCUCCAAAAUUAACAACCCUACCGAACCCUCAGCUCCUCUCUCCGCCAGGCUCCCGACGCGACUCUGUAAUCAACCGUCCCGGUGCCGUAAACGGAAGAUCCCAGAAUGAAUAUUCCUCUCACAUCCAAGGCUCAAGUUGGGGCCAAGGCAAUAGCCACAAUGGUCAUGGAAGCCAUCAUCACCUGCAUCACAGCAGCCAGUAUCAACACCAUGUCAACCCAUUAGCUCCAACUGGUCUGGGAACGCUGCCCAGAUCCAUUUCGAGUUCCAUGGAAGGCAUACCAAGCGGGGGGAUGCAUUUGCCACAUCUGGAUUACCAUCCUACGUACGAGGAGGCUAAUGGGAUUCCCGAUUCGCAAUAUUGA